AUGUCAAUCCCAGACGACACCUCCACCAACGCCGCCCCCCCGACAUCCCCCAAACGCGCCGCACAAGACGACCUAGCAACCGAACCCGAGUCCCGACCCCCCGCCGCGAAACGGUCCCGCGCAACGAGCCCCUCGCAACAAGACGACGACGACGAUGGCGAGGCAAAGACGAGGGCUACGACGGCGGCGAUGGCGAAUGCGUCACUGACGGCAGGUGAAGGCGAGGGUGAGCCGGGUGACGGUGACGGUUCAGCAGCAGCAGCAGCAGCAGCAGCAGCAGCAGCUCCCACGGCGCAAACGACACAGGCACAACCCGCGGCAGGAGCAGCAGCAGACGAGACGCCAGAGGCGACAACACAGCCUCCUCCCCCGUCCGCGCCAAAGACAAAGAUGUGUGGUGUAUGCCACGAAAAAGAGGGGAAAUACAAGUGCACGCGCUGCGCAUUACCAUUCUGCUCCGUCCCGUGUAACAAAACGCACCGCGAGAACCACCCGCCCGAUCCCGAACCGGCGCCGAAACCCGCCUCGGCCGCCAUCGAGCCCCCCGCACCGAGCGGCGGUGCCGCCGCCGCAAGCGACCCAAGGAACCCCUUCAGCGUCCUCGACGACUCGGACCAGCUCCGGUACCUCUUCCGACGGUACCCGACGCUGCAGGCGCGACUCCUCGAGAUCUUCGCCGCCACGGAGCCGCCGCCGGAACUGCAGUCCACGGGGAGCAGCCUCAACGACAUGAUGAAGGCGCGGGCUUUGGCGGCCGCGAACCCGAAAAAGGAGCAGUGGACGCACGACGUCGGGAUCCGCAAGGGGAAAGAGGCGCUGCGGAGGGCCAGGGCCGCCGACGGCGAGGACGGCGAGGGCGUGAGGGAGUACGUCGAGCUCAUUAACCACCUCAUGUCGCAGGCGAGCGCGGCGGCCGAGGCGGAAGAGGUGAUUAGGAAACAGGCGGCUGAGAAGGAUGCCGAGCUGAUUAGACGCCUCAUGACGGAGGACCGCGGGUGA